CCGACCACGCCCACUUCGCAUUGAACACAGCACCGAGGCAAACGGCAAGUUAAUUUAGCUAGUUAGCAGGGAAAUAGCCUCUUCGUCCACGACCAUUUAAGUCACCACUUAAAAAUCAUCAGAGCCGGCCCUGGUUACCAUUAACAACUGCAUCCAUGUCGUAAAUUGACCCAUUCGCUCGUCUUUUUUUUUCUUUUAAAUGGAGACCAACGGCCACCACCAGCACGACGAUGACAGCGCGGACGACGAGGGCGAAACACCCUCGAAGAGGCAGCCGCGCUCCGACACAGACGUGCCCGGCGCAGGCUGUCUUCUCCAGAGCCAGGCCGACAAGGUGGCGGCGGCCGGACGUGCUCCGUCGCCCCGCUGCGACUCUGACGCUCCUCCGAGGCGUCGCAGCGAUUCCGUGAAGAAGAGCAGGCCGCCAUUCCCGUGGUUUGGCAUGGACAUCGGCGGUACACUGGUCAAGCUGGUGUACUUUGAGCCCCGUGACAUCACAGCGGAGGAGGAGCAGGAGGAGGUGGAGAACCUGAAGAGCAUCCGCCGUUACUUGACGUCCAACACGGCGUACGGCACCACAGGCAUCCGCGACGUGCACCUGGAGCUGCGCGAGCUGACACUGUGCGGCCGCACAGGCAACCUGCACUUCAUCCGCUUCCCCACGCAGGACCUGCCCGCCUUCCUGCAGAUGGGCCGCACCAAGCACUUCUCCAGCCUGCACACCAGCCUCUGCGCCACCGGCGGCGGCGCUUACAAAUUUGAGGCCGACUUCCGCUCGACAGCCGACCUGCAGUUGCACAAGCUGGACGAGCUGGACUGCCUGAUCCGCGGCGUGCUCUACAUGGAUGCGGUGGUCUCCCCAGGCCCGUCCGAGUGCUACUACUUUGAAAACCCGUCUGAGCCGGAGCGUUGCGUGCAGCGGCCGUACGCGCUAGAGAACCCGUACCCGCUGCUGCUGGUCAACAUCGGCUCCGGCGUCAGCAUCCUCGCUGUCUACUCGGAGAAUAACUACAAGCGUGUCACCGGGACCAGCCUGGGUGGGGGGACGUUCCUGGGCCUGUGCUGCCUGCUGACGGGCUGCUCUACCUUCGAAGAGGCUUUGGCAAUGGCGUCACAAGGCGAGAGCACCCGCGUCGACAAACUGGUGCGGGACAUCUAUGGAGGUGACUACGAGCGCUUCGGACUGCCGGGCUGGGCCGUGGCCUCCAGUUUUGGCAACAUGAUGUCCAAAGACAAACGCGAGUCGGUGUCCAAGCAGGACCUGGCCAGGGCCACGUUGGUCACCAUCACCAACAAUAUCGGCUCCAUCACGCGCAUGUGUGCGCUCAACGAGAACAUCGAGCGCGUGGUAUUUGUGGGCAACUUCCUGCGCGUCAACACGCUGUCCAUGAAGCUGCUGGCCUACGCCAUGGAUUACUGGUCCAAAGGCCAACUCAAAGCACUCUUCUUGCGCCACGAGGGUUACUUUGGAGCUGUUGGAGCUCUGCUGGAGCUGCUGCAUCUGACCUGAAGCAGCUGAAAGAGAAAAAAAUGGACAUGGUCAAGCUGCUGCAAAGCGAAACAAAAUGUUGCACUUUAAAUGGUCUGAAGCGUCCAAGUCAUCGCUGCGUCGUGUUGUGUUUUUGUUACACCAAAAAAAUAAAAGCCUCCGCCUUCCAAACUAGUUAACCUCUGAGCCCAUUAUCUGAUGGUUGCUAACUAAAGCAGCGGAUACAUCGGACACCUCUACUCAUAAUUGCUUUGGCGAGGACAAUAGCAUACGUUUGUGUCAGUUUUGCGGACGUGUGGUCCUGUAAACAAAAAAGUGCCUGCCUCAUGAAGACAAUCGCUUUUGUAUACUGUGAGGAAAACAAAGCUUGAUUUGAAAGAGAAGGACAUUUAUUCUGUUUUAGGUUACCUAUCCAAGUAUGAUCAUUCCCAAAUAAAUAACUUGAUUAUUGGCA